GAGAUCGAUCGAGGUCGCCAUGGCCGGAGAGGGCAAGCCGGACGGCGGCUGGGCAGCGGCGGCGGGAGAGGGCGUGAUGCUGCCGGCGAGCAUGGUGCUGGUGCAGCUCUUCUCCGUCGUGCUGGUGCUGCUGUCCAAGCUCGCCCUCGGCGCCGGCAUGCGGCCCUUCGCGCUCCUCGCCUACCGGAACCUCGUCGGCGCCGUCGCCGUCGCGCCGCUCGCCUUCGUCUUCGAGAGGAAACAUAGGAAAAUCCCGGGCAUUGUGGAGUGGUGCUGGAUUUCCCUAAACGCUACAUUUGGGGUAAUUCUAUCAAUGGGGCUGUACUAUUAUGGCUUGCAAAGCACCUCUGCCACUUACUCUGUCAUAUUUUUGAACAUGAUUCCUAUUGUCACAUCUAUCGUCGCGACCAUAUUUCGAGUAGAGAAGUUGGUGCUUAGAAACUGGCCUGGCAAGGCAAAGCUCUUGGGCAUCAUAACAUGUGUGGGAGGAACAAUGGUAGUGAGCUUUUACAAGGGCAAACUGCUGCAUCACCCCUGGCCUUCCCACCUGUUGAAAUUCCACAGCCAUGAUGAAUCAGGCCCACACGCCUAUCAUCGCAAUAUGGUAGCCGGUACAUUGUUCUUGUGUGGCAGUUGCCUUGGCUAUGCCUUUUGGUUCAUCAUACAGGUUAGGCUUGCAAAGGUGUUUCCAUCCAGGUACUGGGCAACCACCCUGACAUGCCUUUCUGGAAGCCUGCAAGCCUUUGUGAUUGGCAUUCUGAUCAACCCUACCAAAUCUGUAUGGACUAUCAAGUGGAACCUGCAGCUUCUGACAGUUGUUUACUCGGGGGUGUUUAACACUGGCGUCUCAUUUGUCCUGAUGUCAUGGGCGGUAAAGCAUCGUGGACCCAUCUACCCAUCUAUGUUCAACUCAUUGUCACUGAUCGCGAUGGUUAUCAUGGACUCUGUGUUGCUUGGUACCAGUAUCUUCUUAGGGUGCAUACUUGGAACAUCAUUCAUCAUUGUGGGGCUCUAUGCCUUUCUCCUGGGGAAAGGCACUGAGCUGAAGCAAGCUGCAGCGGUACAGAAUACUGACAAUAAGCAGGACAACAGAGACGGCACUGAGCAGCGUGGAGAUGAGAUACUACGUAGCAUAGCGUAAC